GGCGCCCGGUCCGAGCGACGGGGGCGUGGGCGGGUCAGAGGGAAGUGGGCGGGAGAGGCGGCCGGAGUCCGGAGUAGCCGCUGCGUCGGUGAGCUGAGCAGGUUUGAUCCCCAGCGCGGGCUGGUCCGGGAUGAUCAAUGGCAUCGGUCAAGGUGGCCGUAAGGGUCCGGCCCAUGAAUCGCAGGGAAAAGGACUUGGAAGCCAAAUUCAUUAUUCAAAUGGAGAAAAGCAAAACAGUAAUCACAAACUUAAAGAUACCAGAAGGAGGGACUGGGGACUCCGGGAGAGAACGGACCAAGACCUUCACUUACGACUUUUCUUUUUAUUCUGCUGAUACAAAAAGUCCAGAUUAUGUUUCACAAGAAAUGGUUUUCAAAACCCUUGGGACAGAUGUUGUGAAGUCCGCAUUUGAAGGUUAUAAUGCUUGUGUCUUUGCAUAUGGACAGACUGGAUCGGGAAAGUCAUACACUAUGAUGGGAAAUUCUGGUGAUUCUGGUUUAAUACCUCGGAUAUGUGAAGGGCUCUUUAGUCGAAUAAAUGAAACCACCAGAUGGGAUGAGGCAUCUUUUCGAACUGAAGUCAGCUACUUAGAAAUUUAUAAUGAACGUGUGAGAGAUCUACUUAGGCGGAAGUCAUCCAAAACCUUCAACUUAAGAGUCCGUGAGCAUCCAAAAGAAGGACCAUAUGUUGAGGAUUUGUCCAAACAUUUAGUACAGAAUUAUAGUGAUGUAGAAGAACUUAUGGAUGCAGGAAAUAUCAAUCGUACCACUGCAGCGACUGGGAUGAAUGACGUCAGUAGUAGGUCUCAUGCCAUCUUCACCAUCAAGUUCACUCAGGCAAAAUUUGAUUCCGAAAUGCCAUGUGAAACCGUGAGUAAGAUCCACUUAGUGGAUCUUGCGGGAAGUGAGCGUGCCGAUGCCACUGGUGCCACCGGGGUGAGACUGAAGGAAGGGGGCAAUAUUAACAAAUCCCUCGUGACUCUGGGAAAUGUCAUUUCUGCCUUAGCUGAUUUAUCUCAGGAUGCAGUAAACCCUUUUGUAAAGAAGAAGCAAGUUUUUGUGCCUUACAGGGAUUCUGUUUUGACUUGGUUGUUGAAAGAUAGCCUUGGAGGAAACUCUAAAACUAUCAUGAUUGCCACCAUUUCACCUGCUGAUGUCAAUUAUGGAGAAACCCUAAGUACUCUUCGCUAUGCAAAUAGAGCCAAAAAUAUCAUCAACAAGCCUACCAUUAAUGAGGACGCCAACGUCAAACUCAUCCGUGAGCUGCGAGCUGAAAUAGCCAGACUGAAAACACUGCUUGCUCAAGGGAGUCAGAUCGCCCUUUUAGACUCGCCCACAGCCUUAAGUAUGGAGGAAAAACUUCAGCAGAAUGAAGCAAGAGUUCAAGAAUUGACCAAAGAAUGGACAAAUAAAUGGAAUGAAACCCAAAAUAUUUUGAAAGAACAAACUCUAGCCCUUAGGAAAGAAGGGAUUGGUGUUGUUUUGGAUUCUGAACUGCCCCAUUUGAUUGGCAUUGAUGAUGACCUUCUGAGUACUGGAAUUAUUUUAUAUCAUUUGAAGGAAGGUCAGACAUAUGUUGGUAGAGAAGAUGCUUCAACAGAACAAGAUAUUGUUCUUCAUGGCCUUGACUUGGAGAGUGAGCACUGUAUCUUUGAAAAUGUCGGGGGGACAGUGACUCUGAUACCCCUGAGUGGGUCUCAGUGCUCUGUGAAUGGUAUUCAGGUCAUGGAGGCCACACACCUAAAUCAAGGUGCCGUGAUACUCUUAGGAAGAACCAAUAUGUUUCGUUUUAACCAUCCAAAGGAGGCUGCCAAGCUCAGGGAGAAGAGGAAGAGUGGCCUUCUGUCCUCCUUCAGCUUGUCCAUGACUGACCUCUCAAAGUCCUGCGAGAACCUCUCUGCCGUCAUGUUAUACAACCCAGGUCUUUUCCCUAUAAAAGGACCCAUCUGUCUAAGACUUGAAUUUGAGCGACAGCAGCGUGAAGAACUUGAAAAAUUAGAAAGCAAAAGGAAACUCAUAGAAGAAAUGGAGGAAAAGCAGAAGUCAGAUAAGGCAGAACUGGAGCGGAUGCAGCAAGAGGUGGAGAGUCAGCGCAAGGAGACAGAAAUUGUCCAGCUCCAGAUCCGCAAGCAGGAAGAGAGCCUCAAACGCCGCAGCUUCCACAUUGAGAGCAGGCUGAAGGAUCUGCUCGCAGAGAAGGAAAAAUUUGAAGAGGAAAGACUGAGGGAGCAGCAGGAAAUUGAACUGCAGAAGAGGAAACAAGAAGAAGAGAGCUUUCUCCGGGUCAAAGAAGAACUGCAGCGGCUCCAGGAACUCAACAACAACGAGAAGGCUGAGAAGAUCCAGAUAUUUCAAGAACUGGACCGGCUGAAAAGGGAAAAGGAUGAGCAAUAUGCCAAGCUUGAAUUGGAGAAAAAGCGGCUGGAGGAGCAAGAAAAGGAGCAGGUCAUGCUGGUGGCCCAUCUCGAAGAGCAGCUCCGGGAGAAGCAGGAGAUGAUCCGGCUCCUCCGGCGAGGGGAGGUGCAGCGGGCGGAAGAGGAGAGGAGAGACCUGGAAGGCAUCCGGGAGUCCCUUCUGCGGGUGAAGGAAGCCCGUGCUGAGGGCGACGAUGAUGGCGAGGAGUUGGAAAGGGCUCAGCUACAUUUCUUAGAGUUCAAGAGGAGGCAGCUGGUUAAGCUAGCCAACCUGGAGAAGGACCUGGUGCAGCAGAAGGACCUCCUAAGGAAAGAAGUUGAAGAAGAACAGGAAACCCUAGAGCGUUUAAAAUCUGAGAGUGAAGAAGAAUUUAGGUUGUUGGAAAAAAAUGAUGAUAGUGUCAUGUAUGUCACACAGGUCACUCAAGACUUAGAGAAAAUAAAGCCAGCAGAGUACAGGCUGCAAUAUAAAGAACGCCAGCUCCAGUACCUCCUGCAGAAUCAUUUGCCAACUCUGUUAGAAGAAAAGCGGAGAGCAUUUGAAAUCCUUGAUAGAGGCCCUCUCGGCCUAGACAACACUCUUUACCAAGUAGAAAAAGAAAUGGAAGAAAAAGAAGAACAGCUUGCACAGUACCAAGCCAAUGCAAGCCAGCUGCAGAAACUCCAGGCCACCUUCGAAUUCACUGCCAACAUUGCACGGCAGGAAGAAAAAGUGAGAAAAAAGGAAAAGGAGAUUCUAGAGUCCCGAGAGAAGCAGCAGAGGGAGGCUCUGGAGCUGGCUGUAGCCCGGCUGGAGAGGAGGCAUUCAGCCCUGCAGAGGCGCUCCACCCUGGGCCUGGAGAUCGAGGAACAGAGGCAGAAGCUGGCCACUCUGAACAGCAGCAGCAGUGAGCAGUCAGGGCUGCAGGCCAGCCUGGAAGCUGAGCAGGAGGCCCUGGAGAAGGACCGGGAGAGGUUAGAACAUGAAAUCCAGCAGUUGAAGCAGAAGAUCUGUGAGGCUGAUGAAGUUCAGAAGGGGCAUUUUGGUACCUUGGAGGGAAAGGCUGCUUCUUCCAGCUUGUCAUCCAAUGCUGAAAAAUCUCAACUGGUUCCUCUGAUGGAUGCCAGGGUCAGUGCUUACAUUGAAGAAGAAGUCCAAAGGCGUCUUCAGGUUUUGCAUCGUGUGACUGGCAACAGUAGCAACACAUCUGCAGUUAUGACAAAGAAUAAUGAGAAACUUCACAAUGGUACCAUUCAACGUAAGCUAAAAUAUGAGAAAGUGCAUCUUACCCCACUGCUACCCAAAGAUGUCACUGACACGUCCAACAGAGAGGACAGGAGGGAGGUGCGUCAGAACAACCACCAGAGAGAUCCUGUGUCUGGGAGCAUGUCAGGCCCUACAACUUUCUCUCCAGCAUCAGGAGAGAGAAUCCACCAGCGAAGGGAUGAGCCCUCAGUGCCUGCGGUGCUGCAGGACAGUGAUUGCAAAUAUAGUCAUCCUGAGUACACAGGUGGUUUUCAGUCAGAAUGUCUCAGUCUAUCUAAAGUCCCUCUUCUUAAUGAAAACAGCACCAGCAAUGCACAACAUUUUCACGUUAACUCAGAAAAUUUCAGUGAUCCAGUGAUGCAUAAAAAUGAACACAACUUGGGAAUCGAGUCCAGCUGGACUUUGCUGCAACACACAUGCCAAGAAGUGUCUAUAAACAGUGGAAACAAACAGACCAGGGAAAGCAAGCUACUCUGCUAUGUUCUCUCUGAAAGUGUUUCUAGUGAGGAGAGCUCAUCUGCCAGCAUUUUUCAGAAUUCACCCCCCUCAAGUUUUUGUAGUGAGCAGCACACUGAGAAGGAGUUAGCAUCUAAAAACCUUAGCUCUCCAGAGUCACUGAUAAAUAUCAGGACAGAAGGAAGCAGUGGAUUGGGAUACUUUUACCACAGGUUUUACAACCUUUAUAAAGAUACUAGCAGUCACCUGCUACAGGCUGGCACAAAGAUGAUCAGCCGAGCCAGGCAUGUGGGGCACCUGUGGGAUCCCAGUAAGCUCACCUCUCAAGUAACAUUUAUCAGAAGACUGCCAUUUGUGAAACACUUACCUCUGGACAUGUCCUCGAAGUCACACUGGGUAUCACCAGAAUCUCAUUCUUUUCCUGCAGAAGAUCAGGUUGGUGGCAGCAACAGCCAGGAGUCAGGGGCUGGCAAGAGAGCAGAGGUGCCGUACAGAGUACCAGGCUCUACAGCUGCAGAGGUACCAGGUCGCUUGCUGAGCUCAGUUGUCCGCCUGGAAUGUGAAGAUGCUGGAAGGAUCUCUGCAUUUAAGCAGACCCUUGUGCAAUUCCCAGAUCAAAUGCUGAAACUUCAAGAGUGCCCUUUAAAAGACUUUCUUGAACAUAUGGCUUGUUUCUUACCAGAACUUUUGGGUGGCAUGCAUGAAGUCAGAGGCGUUUACUGGCUCGCUGUUGCUAACUGCACAGACCCUGACCCCCAGCCGGUGUGUUUGCUCCUGCUUCCUUCAACGUUGUGUGCUUUGGUUCUGUCAGAUAACCCCUCAGGCUCCAUGGGCAUUUUUCAUGCUCUACCUCUCUCUGAACUACAGGAGAUUAAAAUUGGCUUUGGUGGGCAGAGCAUUCGAUUCCUGGGCUCUGCAGAGAGUCUCCUGCUGACUGUAUUUAGUUAUAACAAAAGCCUAUGUCAACAAAUAUGCCGUGACCUCCUGUGUGUCCUGAUACCCGAGUCUGAUGCUGCUGCCUGCACUAGUCAUCCUUUGCUCCAGCAAGAUCUGGUGCAGCUGUCUCUUGACUGGAAAGCAGAAAUCCCUGAUUUAGUUUUGUCAAAUGGAGUUCGGUUGUCAUCCAAAUUCCAGAAUACCAUGGUUGACAUGAUUUACUUUCUUCAUGCAAAUAUGGAAGUCAACAUCCCACCUCUGGCAGAGGUUCAGUUACUGCUCUACACAACGGUCAGAGUUGAAGAUGAUUCUGGCCAAGACCCCUGUCAGUCACUGGUCCUUCUGAACACUCACAUUGCCCUUGUGAGGGAAGACAGAGUUUUCUAUCCAUGCAUUCGGUCUCUAAGCAUACCUCCUCCACGAACACAGUUUGAUGUCAUCAGAUUUCGUGCUUUAAGUGAAUUCAGGUGCAUCAUUGUUUCAGAGAAGAAAACAUUACCAGCAGUCCAGCUUGUCUUCUCUCAAAAACUAGAAGUUCCAUCAGAUUCAAGAAGUAGUCUGUCUGAGCCCUCUCAAGAAGCCCAGGAUGUCCAGCCUUUCACCGGCUCAUUGUGUCUUCAGGGCAAUCGGAAUGUGGCCCCUGAGGUCUGGAAGCUGACACUCAACUCUCAGGAUGAGGCUCUGUGGCUAAUCUCACAUUUGACAAGGCUCUAGGGAGAAGACUGAUGCAAACACUGUAUAUUUUUUGAGAUCUAUAAUAAAAUGAACAUUAUGAAAGCAGUCAAGGACUAUGAAUACCUCCAAGUAAUGAAUUGAUGUGAAACUGGAAAAAUGCAGACCUCUAAAAUGAAAGAUGUAAAUGUAUUAAAUAUCUACAAUAAAAUAAAGUAGGUCAUAGCAGAGUAUGAACUGUGCUUAUCACCCCCUUGCUUUACUUCUUGAACUUAGCCUUGUGAAUUUGGGCCUGCCUCAUUAUCUGUGAAGUGAUUAAAGCAUUUCUGAUUGUGUUUGGCUUCAUGUUGACUUAUAGUAUGGGUUAGAGCCUGACUCUGCCUGCUGGAUUCUGGCAGACUAAUUUGUGCUGCUUGAAAAAGUGUCCAGUCUGGCAGUGACCUUCACUGACAUCCUCUGUUUUAGCUGUGACUAGGGCAGCUCUGUAACAGAGCACAUUAGUGAUACAUCCAGCUUCCCAGAGGACCCAGGGAUGCCCUCCCCUCACUGUAAUAAGUAGAAUGAAGAUACUGCGUGCCCUACAGUGGCUUCUCAGUUAAUUGCCUUUUCCUCUCUCUUUCAGACUUUGUGACCAUUCCUCUCCAACCUUUAUAAUCUCAGCUUCUUACCUGUUGGUGUGUUUUUGACUGCCUUCCCCCUAUGCAACAUGCCCCCCAACCCAAUACCAGUUCUUUCUCUGAGCUCUUGUAUUUCUGACCUAGAAAUGCUUGUCCUGUCCAAGUCUUUUUUUUUUUGGACAGCUCCUUUUUGUUGUCUUAUCAGAUACAGGGUCACCUCAGAAGGCAUUCAGCAUUUUUCCCUGACUGUCCUCCCUCUUUCCUUUCCCCCAACCCAUCACUCAUAAUCUCCGACCAAGUGUUUUGCUGGCCUGAGUCAAUGUGCUGGCCCCCCUUCUGAGAUGAAUUCAUGCCCACGUCGGCCUCAGGUAGGUCUUCUCUCCUCAAAAGUACCAUCCAGAAGUCAGUGUCCCACCUCCUCUGUUAGAGGCUUAAAACUAGCCUCUUCAGAAUUUCCCUUUCUUCUGUUUGACCCUUUUAUCUACCUCUGUUCACAUUUCAGUAAGGAAUCAGAUUCUGUGUUUUGUGUCUACUUUUUAUGUCAUCUGGGUUGCUCUAGCAGCGUGCUCCUGGUUCUCGACUUUGUGUGCUGUACUGUAUUCCCAAGUCUGAGACAGAAAGAGGCAGCCGUCCCUAAUGCUCCGUCCACGCGGAGCCCCCUUCCACCUGGGAUCAUGCCACGCUGGUGACAGCAGCUACCGAGUAGUGACGUGCAUUGUUGAGGAAGUCAUCUUUUCCCAUAAGCCAUUCAUAUUACCCCUGGCAUGGAGGGGUCAUUUUCUUUUCUGGUCAGAUCUUUGCAUAACAGGCCGUGUGAAUGUUGUAGCUUGCCCCCUCUUUAUUUCUGUUCCUAACUGAUGAUAGGGAGAGUGUCAAAGCUUAACCUGUCCGGAACUUACCUUCUCCCUUUGGCCAAGAAAUGCAGAUCUUCCCUCUUUCCCUCGUCAGAGCCAACAACAAGCUACAUUUUCCUCGUUAAUUUUCCUCUACCCAGGUCCUGGGGAAGUGAACAGGAGUAGGCAAUAAACUGGAGAGUAUAUGAGGAUCCACACACUGGUGGCUUCAGCCUAUUUGCGGUGGCCAAGUGGAUGCUUUUUGAGGCCAUAGAAUUCAAAUGCUUUAAGGUGGAGCAUGUUUUUAUUAUUGCCACCUCUCCCCGCCCCCACACACAUACAGGCAUGUACACACCCCAUUGCCUUGUACAGGAAGGCUUUUGAGUCUGUGAUGAGCACAUCAUUAAAAUUAGUUUAUCACGUUCUUGCUGGGUAGAUCUUCCACCAUGAAAAAAUAAUAAAAAAUAAGCCAUGAUAGUCUUCUAAUAUCUCAAUAAUAUUUCUCCUAAUUCAAUAUCAUGUUUCACUUUUUUCAGCUUUUAAAAAAAUUGUCCCAUUGAGUAUUUUCUCUUCAUGAUCAUGAAGAACAGGGGAGUGGAAUUUUAAAUUCCUGUAUAGGGACGCUGUGGCUAAAAAGGAAAUAAUACAUAAAUAGUACGAAAUUUUGAUAAAGAAUGAUAAAUAUUAAACAGACAUUCUUGUACUCAUAGGUUAAAAAGCAUAACUCUGUUGUGUGGUAAAUUGUGGUCUUUAACAUUGUUCAUACAUGGAGCAUGCAGCAAAUACAGCCACCAAAUAAAAAAUUGUAUGAGUCAUUGUAACUUCUCAGUCUGCUUUGUGACCCAGGCAGGCCACCGUGAGGGUUGCACGGGGAGUCACUACAUAAAAGAAGUAGCCUCCAGCGUUCAAAUUUUACAUGUCAUUUCUCUGACCUAAACACACUUUUUACCUUGAGAUCAAAUAUAGACUUUGAUAUGAAAAUUUGAUUUACUAUCCAUGAAAAGUAUUAAAGUUGUCAUAAUUCCUGUGGAAGCCAGUGGAGUAGUGUCUGUGCCCUCAUCCACUGUGGCUUCAAUCCUGGCAGCCUCCCUCUGGCUGUAUUCAGUUCUGAGCCCAGGAGCUACUGUGCUAGGGCGGGUGUGUGUCUCAGCAUCCAGCUUAAAAUGACAUCUACAUUGUAGUGAGUUCCUGCAACAGGGGAAAAAGGGGGCUUAUACAUACUCUAUGUGGCGUUUUGCAUUGUAAUAUAGGAAUAAACAUAUACAUUGUGGGGCUUAUUAAUGCAUUCUUCAUAAAAGCUCCCUGAAUGCUUUUAACACAGUGAUUUUGUGUGAAUUUGAUUAAACUCCACUUUGCAUACAGCUGCCUGUUUUGCAGACUUGUGGUGGGAUGAAUUUAUUUAGGCUUUGUUGAAAAACAUUUCAGAAUACGUUGUCUCCCUGUUCUCAUUACUUUAAAAAAUGCAUGUGAAUCCUUUGGAGAGAAUCCUUAUGCCUUCCAGCAAUAGUAAUUAUGAUAAUUUUUGUUUAUACUUCUUUUCCUGGAUGAUUUAAUAUUUUGAAUGAUAAGCAGUUUAGAGCACUUUUAUUAUUGCUUCUUUGAUGGUCAAGCAGUCUCACUGGUGACCAGUUUCUAAUGAGAUCAUUUUAAUUUACCUACAUAGACUCCAGAAUGAAAGUUGGGCAAUUCUGAAUCAUUCCUUAGAAUAUAUUUCAUAACACAUGUUACACCAGUCAGCUAUUGCCAAAUAACAAAUAACCUCUAAAAUUUCAGUGACAUACAAAAAAAAAACCUUUUAUUUCUCAUUGAUGGCUUACAAAUUGGUUGAGGCAGGUCUGCUAUAAAAAAUCUGGUCAUCCAAGGUCAGCCGAGGUUGGUCUGCUCCACAGGUCUCAUUUUGUGUUCUGUGCUGAAGGGGGAGUGGCCAUGCUGAUGAAGACAGAGGCAGAAAAGGUCAACCACGCCUCAUGUCGGCUAAUGCCACAUUGGCCAGCACAAGUCACAUGACUGAGUCCAGAGUCAAAGCGAAGGCAUAUGCUCCACUCAUCAGGAAGCCACGGCAUGACUGAGACUAUAUACUAGUACUGCAAGGGAGAGGAGAGUUGGGACCAAUAAUUCAUUCUAUCACAUAUGUAUUAUGUCAAGGUUCCCAAGGCAUUGAAGAUAAAAGUUCAGAUACGUCUUUAGGACUUUUCCCUAACAGAAAUAGGCAGUCAUAGGAAGAAUAUAUAUUAUAAGAUAUUUAAAAGUUAACCUAGUUCAACUUGCUUUUCAAUUCAGUCUUUGUUUGACUUGGUCAUGGAUAGGCUGAUCACUCUGUACCACUGAAGUGGUUUAUUCAUUGGGAACCGCUAUUGCUGUUAGACCAUUCUUUCCAUAGUCUUCCCUCUUGUGAUCUCCACCUUCAGGGUGUGCCCAUGGCACUCAUCUACAGCAGACUAGAAGAGGUCUAUUCCACCCUCAGUCUCUCUGCUGUUUCUUACACAACAGUUUUCAAACCACCACCAUCCAGUGUCUUGUUAAGGGUGCAGCCUUGUAAUUUUGUAAAACCUUUGCAAAGAAUGGAACAAAAUAAUCCAGUUGGUGGGCAGGAAAGAGAUUCAUUGUAAAUUAUUUUUCCUGCUUUAAAAAAAAAUCUGGGUAAAAUCUUUUGUUGCCAAAGAUGCAGUGGAUUAUAGUGAUAAUAAUCCUAAACACCCUUUAUAUUGCAGUUUAAAUGUACAGUUCUUUUUUCAUGUACUGUUCCCUGGGAGCCCACAGUGAUCCAUCUGUCUGGGGUAGAGAAACUGCUCCCUUAAUCUUCAUUUCAUACUUGGGAAUGGGACUCAAAUAGGGCCACGUAACUGAGAUUUGGAGCUCAAACCCAGACCCUACUCCGUAAUAUCUGUAGUCGUUCCACAGUGCCAAAGUCUCUUUCUCAUGAUGAUUAUUCUUGACACUGAUAAGUUUUUUAAUUGAUUUUUUUAAAGUGAAAAUG